CUGACCGGAGAGGUUAUGCAAAGCAAAGGUUUGGAUUCCGGUAAAUAGUCUUAUUUUUGAAAGAAAUGCAGUCAAUCCUGGCCUCAAUGAGGGCACUGGCCCUGCGCCAGCCCACGAUGGAGUCACUCCGCCUGCUGCACCUUUCCGCCGUGAACGAAGCGGCACGUAAAGGAACUCGGGAGAAGGCUCGCAAGAAGAAAGUCAAAGUAGAGGUGAAGAAGGUGGGAUUCAUACCUCACAACCAGCGCAACAAAAAAAUCAACGUGAAGCGGGCAGACAAGCAUGUUGAUGAUUCCUGGAAACAGAUUGCCAAAGAUGACUGCUAUGUGGGGCGCUAUUACCGCUGGCCAGUUUAUUCCGUUCAGGAAGCCAUCCAAUGUCAUCGAGAGACCCAUCACCCCAGCAUGUACAAUGUACCCAAUGCUCCCCUAAAUGUGGAUAUCGAGCUGAACAUGCAAGCGGAGAAAAUCACCCGUUUUGUUGAUAACUUUCAACGCAUGGCUAUGAUCCCAAACAAGUUUGAGCACGGCGAGGAGCGAAAGAUAAUUGUCUUCACCAAGGGAAAUAACGAAGUCUUGGAGGCCCGAGAAGCUGGCGCCUCGCUUGUUGGCGGCGUCGAGCUUAUCAAGGACAUUACCAACGGAGAACUGCUGCUGUCCGACUACCAGUACAUCAUUGCCCAUCCUAAUAUUCUGGCAGAGCUGGUGGCCCUUCGUGGUCUAAUGAAGCGCAAGUUUCCCAAUCCUAAAAGUGAGACCCUUGGCACGAACCUGGCUGAGAUGAUAGUCAAGUUUUCAAGCGGCAUUAGCUAUAGCGCUGCCAAGGAUGAGUACCAGCAGAAUUUUGGCUUAAUCACCGCCAGUGUGGGUACUUUGGACAUGGACGCACAAAAGCUGGAGGAAAACAUUAAGUUUCUGCUGCAGGAUGUCAACACAAUGAGGCCUAAGCGUGAGGGUCGCUUUAUUACACGUGUCCUGCUGAAGAGCCCACCAAGCAGUGAGCAACUGAAAAUCGAUCCGUUUGUGUACGUCCCAGAGAUGUGGGAUAAGAGCACGGCAAAGGUUAAAAGAGAGGAUACCAAAAAACAGGAGGAACCCGCGGAACGCAAGGAAGCUGUGGCGUCCAAUUAGUUAACACAAAAACCUAUGUAUUUUUGUUGAUGGAUCAUUUGUGCAUACUUUAAACUUACAUCUCCUAGA